UAUUUUCCACUCACUUUCUCACACUUUAAAAUGGCGGCGUUGAGCAGCGCCGAGUCCCCACCGCCCGUCUUUAACGGAGACACCUCAGAGCGGCAACCGGGCGGGGAGCGGGGCCUCGAGGAGCUCGGCGCAGCGCUGGAGCCCUCCUGCUCGCCGGGGAUCCCCGGAGGUCCGCAAGACGAGGAGAUCUGGAACAUCAAACAGAUGAUCAAGUUGACGCAAGAACACUUAGAGGCUCUCCUGGACAAGUUUGGAGGAGAACACAAUCCUCCCUCCAUAUAUCUUGAGGCCUAUGAGGAGUACACCAGUAAGCUGGACGCCUUGCAGCAGAGGGAGCAGCAGCUGCUAGAGGCCACGGGCAACGGCACGGACUUCCCCUCCUCCUCGCCGACUCCCGUGCCGACCCUCCUGGAGGUCAAGAUGGGAGGCUGCGUGGCCGGCGGCGGCGGGGUCGGCGCUCAGGUUUUCCCCUCGGCACCCAACACCUUGGCCGUCCUCCAGAAACCGGCGGACGCCAGCCGGAGCAACCCGCGCUCUCCGCAGAAGCCCAUCGUCCGGGUCUUCCUGCCCAAUAAACAGAGAACGGUGGUCCCCGCCCGGUGUGGGAUGACCGUGCGAGACUCGCUCAAGAAGGCUCUCAUGAUGCGAGGACUCAUCCCGGAGUGCUGCGGCGUCUACAGGAUACAGGACGGAGAGAAGAAGCCGAUUGGUUGGGACACGGAUAUCUCCUGGCUGACCGGGGAAGAGUUGCACGUGGAAGUCUUGGAGAAUGUGCCGCUCACCACGCACAAUUUUGUGAGGAAGACCUUCUUCACGCUGGCCUUCUGCGACUUCUGCAGGAAGCUGCUUUUCCAGGGCUUCCGCUGUCAGACGUGCGGCUACAAGUUCCACCAGCGCUGCAGCACCGAGGUCCCCCUCAUGUGCGUCAACUACGACCAGCUGGACUUGUUGCUCGUGUCCAAGUUCUUCGAGCAUCACCCUUUCACCCAAGAGGAGGUCUCCUCCGAGGGGACCACCCCCGUGUCCGAAGCCUGUCCGUCGCUCCCUCCGUCCGACUCCACCGGGUCUAUAUGUCACGCCACGUUGUCCCCAUCCAAGUCCAUCCCCAUCCCGCCUAGUUUCCGGCCCGCCGAGGAGGAUCACCGCAACCAGUUUGGCCAGCGGGACCGUUCGUCCUCUGCCCCCAACGUCCAUAUCAACACCAUCGAGCCUGUCAACAUCGACGACCUGAUCCGAGAUCAGGGACUAGUGAGGUCGGAUGGAGCCCCCCCGAACCACCCUGCCCGCUGCUUGAGGAAGCACCGAACACGGACCUCAAGCCCCCUCCUAUACUCCUACCCCAAUGACAUUGUGUUUGAUUUUGAGCCCGAGCCCGUGUUCCGAGGGUCCACCACCGGACUGUCGGCCACUCCCCCCGCCUCGCUCCCGGGCUCCCUGACCAACGUCAAGGUUCCCCAGAAAUCGCCGUGCCCGCAGAGGGAGCGCAAGUCGUCGUCGUCGUCCGAGGACCGCAAUAAAAUGAAAACGCUGGGGAGGAGGGACUCCAGUGACGACUGGGAAAUCCCCGAGGGGCAGAUCACGCUGGGUCAGAGGAUAGGUUCCGGCUCCUUUGGGACUGUCUUCAAAGGAAAGUGGCACGGUGACGUGGCAGUGAAGAUGUUGAACGUAACGGCGCCGACACCUCAACAGCUUCAGGCCUUCAAGAACGAAGUGGGAGUCCUCAGGAAAACGCGUCACGUCAACAUCCUGUUGUUCAUGGGCUACACCACCAAGCCUCAGCUGGCCAUCGUGACGCAGUGGUGCGAAGGCUCCAGCCUCUACCACCACCUGCACAUCAUCGAGACCAAGUUUGAAAUGAUUAAGCUCAUCGACAUUGCCAGGCAGACCGCUCAGGGCAUGGAUUAUCUGCACGCCAAGUCCAUCAUCCACCGUGAUCUGAAGAGCAACAAUAUUUUCCUCCAUGAGGAUCUGACGGUGAAGAUCGGCGACUUUGGCCUGGCCACGGUCAAGUCCCGCUGGAGCGGCUCCCACCAGUUUGAGCAGUUGUCCGGCUCCAUUCUGUGGAUGGCUCCGGAGGUGAUCCGGCUUCAGGACAAGAAUCCGUACAGCUUCCAGUCCGACGUCUACGCCUUUGGCAUUGUGCUGUACGAACUCAUGUCAGGAGCGCUGCCCUACUCCAACAUUAACAACAGAGAUCAGAUCAUAUUCAUGGUGGGCCGGGGUUACCUGUCGCCCGACCUCAGCAAGGUGCGUAGCAACUGCCCAAAGGCCAUGAAGAGACUAAUGGCCGACUGUUUGAAAAAGAAGAGAGAGGAGCGACCGCUCUUCCCUCAGAUCUUGGCGUCCAUCGAGCUGCUGGCUCGCUCGUUACCCAAAAUCCACCGCAGCGCCUCCGAGCCUUCGUUAAACCGAGCCGGCUUUCAGACGGAGGACUUCAGCUUAUACGCCUGCGCCUCACCCAAAACCCCCAUCCAGGCGGGCGGCUACGGGGAGUUUUCAGCAUUCAAGUAAGUGCUGUGCAUCUCACCAGCCCAUCCCUCGUCACCGCUCCGAAGCCCUCCCGUCCUUGCUGUGGAUUAAUUCAUCACUUGGGGAGGGGGAGGGGGGAAGAAAAAAAAAAACUGAAACGUAGUCUUAAACGAAUGUGCUGUUUUCUUCCUCGACCGGCGACAAGAUUCCUGCCAACGUCAAAGCCGUCCGUUGGGCAACUAGCCAAAAGCGACGGGCAAACCGAAUCGCGGAAAACAUCAAACCAUAACCCCCCGCCCCCCAAAAAAAAGAUUU